AUGAGCGUGACCGUCCAUGAGUCCCGGAUGAUGCCCGCGUAUGCCGAUACCAACGACCUGUCCUCGUUCAACUUUUCCCAGCCCCAGCCCUCGACCUCGACCUCGACCACGACCACGACCACGACUACUUCUACGGCCACGACUACGGCCACGACCACGCCUCCCUCGGUGCGCUCCCCCUCGGACAGAGCCCCUGCUGCCCGCGACCACAGAGAGGCUCUCCCCAAUGGCAACACUCCCAAGAUGAAUGGCCAUGUCCUCAAUGGCAAUGGCGCACCCGUCAUGCACUCGGUGACGAAUGGUCGGCCCGCAAAACCCUCCAGUCUCCACAAACGGCCGUCCCACGAAGACGCCCACUCGCGCCGGAGUAGAGGCGAUCGUCUCGAGUCCGAGAGCCUGAACAAGUCGACCGAGAGCCGUGGCAACUCGAGCGAGCUGCUGGACCGGGACGACGGCUACUUUGCUUCUAUACACAGCAGCGGCGAGACCAAGGACCGCAUGGGCACUACGCAGGUGAAGCUUGGCGGGCUCAAUUCCUUGGACGGGACCGAAGCUGCCCAUCGAGACUUUGUGCCUCAUGUCGACUCGAGAGGCCCGCAGCCCCCACAGUCGCAGUCGCAGUCGCAGUCGCAGUCGCAGUCACAGUCACAGUCACAGUCGCAAUCGCAAUCACACUCGCAAUUGCAGUCGCAGUCGGGGGAUGUAGCCGCCAACCUGCAGGUACCAGUACAGCCGCAUCGUGUGUCAUCCCCACCAGCCUUCAACCACACCGCGCCCAGUCCAUCACAACAUCCCUACCGUUUGCAACAGCGUCAUACGCUCGAAGUCCCGAAACCCUCCACCUCGCGCCCCCGCGAUACUCAAAACAACACCGACGACGUCGUCAGCGCCAGUGGCCGAUUCUCGCCAUCAACGCCCCAGCGUCGUCGAGGCUCAAUGAAUCUGGUACGACGAGGCACCCGCUCCAUCAACUCGGACAAUCACCGCGACGAGAUUACCCAGGAUGAGGACGCCGAACGCUGGGCAGAGCACAUCCGGCAGAAGCGAGCAAGUAAGAGGAAGAGGAAAGAGGACGAGGACGAGGACCGUGUCGUCGUGGGAACCAAGGUGGAUCAAAAUCACGUCAACUGGGUCACGGCCUACAACAUGUUGACCGGCAUCCGGUUCACGGUAUCAAGAACCAAUGCCAAGAUGGACCGAGAGCUGACGGACGCCGACUUUGACGCCAAGCACAAGUUCUCGUUUGACAUAACUGGUAACGAGCUGACGCCUUCGGCCAAGUACGACUUCAAAUUCAAAGACUAUGCCCCCUGGGUCUUUCGUCAUCUCCGUGCCAUCUUCAAGCUGGAUCCUGCCGACUACCUCGUAUCACUGACGAGCAAGUACAUCCUUUCCGAACUCGGCUCGCCCGGCAAGAGUGGCAGCUUUUUCUAUUUUUCCCGCGACUACAAGUACAUAAUCAAGACCAUCCAUCAUGCCGAGCAUAAAUUUCUUCGCAAAAUACUCAAGGACUACUACAACCACGUCCAAGAGAACCCAAAUACCCUUCUUUCCCAAUUUUACGGCCUGCAUCGCGUAAAGAUACCCUAUGGACGCAAGAUCCAUUUCGUCGUUAUGAACAACCUAUUUCCACCGCAUCGAGAUAUCCACCGCACCUUUGAUCUCAAGGGCUCUACUAUCGGACGAGACUUCAAGGAAGACAACUUGGAGGCCAACCCACGCGCGACACUGAAAGAUCUCAAUUGGCUACGAAGAAACCAGCAUCUGGAGUUUGGGCCAACAAAAAAGAAAAUGUUCAUUGAGCAGAUGCAAAAGGAUGUCAAGCUCCUCCAGCGCCUGCGCAUCAUGGACUACUCCCUGCUCGUGGGUAUUCACGACCUCGAAAAGGGCAAUGAAGAGAAUCUACGAGACAAGACACUAAAGGUCUUUUCGCCAGGUGGAGAGGAGGCGCCGGAUCCACAGCCGAACCAGCUGAUGCGGACGCCUUCAAAACUGGAGAGUGCGCGGAAAGCCAGGGAGCUGAGGCAGAUGGUGAAGACGCAAAAGCCAGUUCCCAUGGACCAGACGUCGAGCAAGAUGCCAGAUGAGCUAGAAGAUGCUAAGCGGAACUUUUACUUUUAUUCUGACGAUGGUGGUUUCAGGGCCACCCACGAGGAUGAUGCUCCAGGAGAGGAGAUAUACUACCUGGGCAUCAUCGAUUGUCUGACACAUUACUCCUUCAUCAAGCGUAUGGAGCAUUUCUUCAAAGGGCUCGCAAAUACCGAGUCUCAAAUCUCGGCCAUACCCCCAGAACGCUACGGUGACCGCUUCGUCAAGUUCAUCAGCGGCGUCACCAAAACGACAGAAGCGGCCGAACGGGAGAAGAGAGAGAAAGCGGCAAGCGCAGAGGACGAUCCCCUUAUCGAUGGCAUCAACUCGACAACCGCACAGCGCUCCUCGACCGAUCGGGUGCUGGAAAAGGCGGAACAGCAAGCGGACCGGUCGCGACAACGCGGCCGCACAGAAGACAACGUGCCCGCGCGCGAACUCCGCGUCGUCCGUAGUCCCUCGGCCGAACGCGGCGAAAUCGGCACCACGCUGCCUGUCGUCGAAGAAGCAGCAGAAUCGUCGAGCGUCGGCGGCCGCAGCAACCGUAGCGCCUCGUCUGCCCACGACCACCCAGCCUCGGAUUCCCAAUCCCCACCUCCUCCUCCACACAAAGACGCCCAUCUCGGUCUCCCCCUCUUACAAUCUCGCUCCCGCUCCCGCUCCCGCUCCCAAGAAACUUCCCAAGGUCGUCCACCACCCACUCCCCCCAAAGACGCAGUCCCACGUCCCAGCACCGACAUCGCCACCUCCACAAACACCACCGCAGACGCAAACGCAGACGUCCGCCCCCCCACACCCCCCAAGGACUCGGCCACAGCUAGCGGCGACGAACGCCCGCCCACUCCACCCAAGGAUCCGGCUUUCUCGCCUCAUGCUCAUUCGGGGCCGCCGACGCCGCCCAAGGAGGGAGGGACGAGGGGUUUGGGGCGCGAGAAGGGGUUGCCGAGGGCGCCGGGGGAGAGGGUGGGGGUUGGGGAGGGGAGGGGGUGGGUUGGUUGA